CUAAACGCUAGGUCUAUAUAUGUUACCUGCAAAAGCAAGACGCUUUUACAGGCGUGUAUCUAUCAAAUUUGACUAAUUGUCUCUGGUGACCAACCUUCAAGUAACGUCACCAUCCGAAAAGGGUGACUAAGUGGGGCACGUCCGAGUCUGUUUGUAGCCAAAGACAGCCAACUGUACGGUCUGUACCGCUAAACCAAUCCAACUCAACCUGGCAUCCUUGCAUGGUUUAGAUUUCUGAACAUUUUCCUAUUGAACUGACGUGUUUCGAUCAGCUAUGUCGUCGUCAUUGUCGUCCUCUUCAACAAAAGGACUCUUGGAGCGACUCGCCGACGGUCCUGUGGUUGGCGAUGGGAGUAUGUUGAUUACUCUCGAGAAGAGGGGUUACGUAAUGGCUGGCAGCUGGACCCCAGAAGCGACUUUACAAUAUCCAGACGCAGUCAAACAACUUCAUCGAGAGUUCCUCCGAGCAGGCGCAGAUGUAAUUCAGACGUUCACUUACUGCGCUACGGAAGAUAAUCUGAAAAUGAAAAAUGAGCACGAAAAGAACUCCAAUGACAUGAAAAGUGUCUCUGAGAUCAAUCAUAGAGCAUGUGAUCUCGCCCGGGAGGUAGCAAACGAGGGCGGGGCUCUGGUAGCGGGAAGCGUUUCAAACGUCAACGCCUAUCGGAAAGAUGGCGCCUGCCAUGGCGCCGGGAAGGAGUUUGUCCAAAAUGAGUUCAAGAAACAGUGCGACAUCUUCGUCAAGAAGGGAGUUGACUUCUUACUAGGAGAGUUCUUUGCGUUCGUGGAGGAGGCUGAGUGGGCGGUCGAGGUGAUGGCCGAGACCGGUCUACCAGUCGCCUGUACCAUGAGAAUAUCCGUUAUAGGGGACCAGGUGGGCGUGGCACCCGGAGAUGUGGCAGUGAGGAUGGCUAAAGCUGGGGCUGAUGUGAUCGGUGUGAACUGUUGCUACGACCCGGACACCGCCCUCAAGACGCUGGCGAUGAUGAAGGAAGGAUUGGAGAAGGCUGGUCUUCAAAGAUACCUGAUGGCACAACCCUUGGGUUACCACGCACAAGAGAUAACGGAUGAUCCAAGGGGUUAUUCCGUGCUGCCCGAGUUCCCAUUCGCAAUGGAAUCCAGAGCACUUACGCGGACAGACGUCAGAGAGUUUGCUCGCAGGGCGUAUGAUGAAGUGGGGGUGAGGUACAUCGGCGGGUGCUGUGGAUUCGAACCCUACCACAUCAGAGCUAUCGCAGAAGAGCUGACGGAAGAGAGAGGCCGUUCAUUUCCUGGACGAGAUAAAUCUGAUGGAUAUAGCAGUCUUAAGCGUGCGUUUCGAGUAAGACAGCAUAAGAGGGCGAAUCCAGAAUAUUGGAAAAACUUGGUUCCAGCAGCUGGUCGCGAAAAGGUCCGAAAACUGGCGGAAAUUGUCGAUUAGCAAGAAAGGAAUGUUUCAUUUCAGAAGAAAAUUUCUUUCCAAAUUGAAAUUACUCUCAGGAAGCCUGAUUCAAGAUACUUUACCAGUGGGCACUUAUUCAAUAAAGAUGCUGGGUUUUUUUUUUCUCUUGCCUAAAAGGGCAUCUUAUUUUGGGUAACGGGGAUGAUAUAAUAGCCCUCUACCCAAUACCCGGUUAUCCAACAGAUUAACGAUAAGCAAUAUUACUAACCGAUAGCUAUCUUCGUCUCAACAUUUGGUAC